UGAGUCCAUACGUGUAACUUUUAUUUCUGUGUCUUCUAUAAACCUCACCGUUGCUUAGCUUCUUUGCGUACGUCGCGCCAAUAAGGACUAGACCAAUCACUGCCCCCUGUGGCCGAUGGUGGGACAACACCAACAGCAAUGACAAACUCUUCCACUAGGUGGUGGCCACGCAUCACGCUUAUGCUUCUUCCGUCUCUUUUGUCUUUCACUUCAUCCUACUCCAGCUUUCACUUGUUACUCUAUGGACUUCUUGCACAUCGCACGAUAAAGCCGAAGCACAUGAGUUCAGAAUUAAAUGGUCUACACACUCAUCUCAGGUUGGGAGCAAAGUCAUCUCUGACUACCGAGCUUUAUAACGAAAGCAGCUACAGUUAUUACGGCACAACAACGAGGAAUUCAAGAUUCAGUAUGGCAGCCAGAGACACAGUGAGACGUAAUAAAACUGCCAUACAGAUGACUUUGUCUGCAGACCGCAUACUAAUCCUCAACAAAGUUCAUGAGAAGGACCUGAUAACAAGACGCGAGUACAUCAACCUUAAAAGCAUCAACAAAGAAGACGUAGAGGGUCACGUCAUUGAGCUUGUGGAUAAGAUCAUGAAUAAAGGAGAGGACACCUGCCAAGCCUUCCUCGACCUCCUGCAAACUGAUGAUGAGAUUAAAACCACUUACCCUGAACUGCAGAGCCUACAGUUGAACAACAUUAACUUCUUACCUAAACCUGUCCAAGCUUCUUCAGUUGACAACAGCGAUGUCCCGUCACAAGAGAGCAAGAGGCGAAAGAAGGAUGAGGAGUACCAAUUGAACAGCCAGCCUACCGGACUCUGUGUAAUCAUAAACAACCAAAAUUUCACAGAUAUGAAACAGAGAAGUGGAACCUACAGAGAUGCUCAAAGUUUGGCAGAGGUUUUCAGCGAGCUGGGGUUCAGAGUGCUGAUGUGUGAAGAUCAAACCAAACACCAGAUGGAUCAGGCGCUGCGUUACUUUGCUUCUCUGAGCGACCUCUCUGAGCUGCAGGAGUUCAGGGUUGAGGAGUGGUCCGGCAACGGGUUCACUGAUCUUCAGGAGGCUCCUAAACAUGGGGACGCCUUCAUCUGCUGUAUUCUCAGUCAUGGAAAAAAGGGUGUAGUCUUAGGGGUUGAUGGGAAUCCCCUCUCCAUUAAACAAAUAACGAGAACCUUCACGGCAACCGACCAGUCGGCCCUCACCGGCAAGCCCAAGGUGUUCCUGAUACAGGCCUGCCAGGGAGGGCAGAUUCAGAAGGGAGUGUUAUUAGAAGAUCUGCAGGCUGAUGAUUCUCAUUCACAAUUCAUCCCUGAGGAAGCCGAUGUUCUGGUAGCCAUUGCCACUGUUGAAGACUAUGCGGCAUUUAGACACUCAAUAAAUGGGAGCUGGUUUGUCCAAUCUGUGUGUCAGCAGCUGAAGGAGGGCUGUCCGAGGGGUGACGACAUGACCACCAUCCUCCACCGCGUGAACAAUGAUGUAGCCCAGAAAGAAGGGUCCAGUCAGCCGGGUGCAUUAAAGCAGAUGCCUGAAGUGAGGUUCACUCUGAGGAAGAGACUUGUGUUACCACAUCGUAACGCAGCGUUAACGAUGGAAGCCCCGCUGGAAAACAAGACUCCUGCCGGUGCCUUAGAGGAUAUUGAAGGAGCCGGACACGGAGAAGAGCUGAAAACCUCUGAAGAAGCGAUCACAUUCAUGUCCAGCAUCGAGCCUGCAGAGCUGCAGAGGUGUGUGUUUCCAGACUCUCUGGUGACUGUGUCAGAGGGAGGCCGAGACCUGGGGAAGUUCAGUGUGACGGUGGAGUUUGCCCGGAGAGGCCAGCAGCCCUGUGUGCUGCUCCAUGCUCAGAGCCAGGGAGCCAUUGAUGACUCCCCCUGUGGAACAACAGUGACAGCCUACCUAACCACGGAGCUGGAGGUGCUGGAGGAAGAUUACCAUGAGUAUGUCAAGCUCGAGGGCCACAGUUUGGACAAGAGGUGUCACAUGGUGCAGCGUGACGGGCAGAUGGUGAUCGAUAGAGUUACCAUUGCAGGAGAGGACGUGACGAAGGAGAGCGUUUCCCAUCCCAUGUCUGUCCUAAGAGGGCUGGUAACUGAGGGUUCCAACCUGCUGCUGAUGCGCCUGAUCGCUCUUAAGAAGGAGGUGCCAGAACACAUGACUUUCAUCUCCCUCGACCAGGGAUUAAACAUUAUCCACACCACUUUUAGUGAGCUGGGUCUAAAGCAGCUGGAGAUUGGGGCUGAGACAGUGGAGGUGUUUGGAGUGGAGAGGACUGUUCACUCUGUGGAGGACAGUCCCACUUCCUGGCAGUGCUACUUCCUGGCUGAUGGGCACUUGGCCACCAGAAUGCAGGUAGGAUCACCGGUCACCAUGAGACUUCUGCAGCUGCCAUCACACCUGGAAAAAGCAGAGCACCAGGCCUGUGCUGGUGGGAUUGGUACUGUGAUGGACAGACUGACGUUGGCCCACAUUGAUGAGGAGCUGGAGUCCUCUGAGGUGGACGCUCUCCGCUUCUUGUGUCAGGGUCUUGUCAAAAGGAAACGCCUGGAGGGGGUCAAGGAUGCAAAAGAGCUCUUUGUGAAACUUGAAGAAAGAGGUCUGUUGGAGAACCCUUACUUCCUUUAUCAGCUGCUCCAAACUAUCAGUAGAGCUGAUCUCCUCAGCCUCCUGGAGACAGACAGCAGGCGGCCGGAAGAAACCGACGCAAAUCUCAUCCUGUCAGAUUACAGGGUGAUGCUGUACCAAAUACAUGAGGACAUGACCAAAGAAAACUUAGACAAGAUGAAGUUUCUGUUGAGCAGCAAGCUGGGCAAAAGACAAAUUGAGACAUGUAAUACAGCCCUGGAUGUGUUUGUUGAGAUGGAAAAGGCGGGUUUACUGUCAGAGACAAAGCUUGAUGAGCUGCAUAAAAUACUGCUGCAGCUGGAUCAACAGCAGGCACUGACUGUACAGCGCUACAUACAGAGGGGAACCCAGCAACCUCAAACUACAUUACCAUCUCAUGUCAGCAUGGAUUACCAGCCAACACAACCUGUUCUGUCCAUAUCUGAGACUCAGCACAACAAUGUCAGACUUAAUGUUUGCUCCGAUGCAGAACCAAACCCUGGGCCCUCACCUGUUUUUGAUCAGAAUGACUACUACAUCCUGUCUCAUAACCCUCGUGGUAUGUGUGUGAUUUUCAACAAUGAGGACUUCCCGGGAACAUCCCUGAACUAUAGAGGAGGGUCUCAGCGGGAUGAGAAGACUUUGCACCAAGUGUUCGAAAAGCUUGGCUUCACUGUGGUGGUGCACAACAACUUGACUGCUGAAAGCAUGCGAAGGGAGCUGGAAAAGCUGGGCAAAAAAAAUUUUUUGGAUGAUGAUGCCUUGGUGGUGUGCAUGCUUUCCCAUGGAAACAAGGGAAGUGUCUAUGGGACUGAUGCGCAGCAGGUGUUCUUGCAAGAUGUGACAAAGCCCUUCACAAGCGGGCAAGCUCCCACCUUGGCAGGGAAGCCCAAACUGUUCUUCAUCCAAGCAUGUCAGGGAAGCCUCUACCAGAGAGGAUAUGUGCCAUGUCCCCCAAGGCCAAGACAGGAGGAGGAGGACAGAGAGAGCCGUCUGGAGGAAGACGCAGGUCCUGUACAUGGCGAGACGGUGCCUCAUGAUGCUGACUUCCUGCUGGGGAUGGCCACUGUGCCAGAGUGCAAGUCGUUUCGAAACACUUCCACAGGCUCCAUCUACAUCCAGCAGCUGUGCCAGGAGCUUCUGAGGUCAGCUGAAAGCUCGGAGCGGGAUGAUGAUAUACUCACUGUCCUGACACGUGUGAACAGGGAGGUCAGCAAAGGAGAAUAUUUAAAUUACAAACAAAUGCCUGAGCCUAAAUACACCCUCACCAAGAAGCUCGUCCUCAAAUUUGUGUGAGCUGACGGAGACCAAGUGCAACGCUGGCAAUGUGCACAAAUUUCCGGGUUCUAAUAGACCAUACUAAUUUACUGAGUGUAUGAGUGUGUGUGUCUUUUUUAUCUUUGUAAGGUAUAGCUGACUUUAUGAAUUUAAAUGUAAGCGUCUUUGAAGUUGCCUUAAGAAGCUGAUGUCUCCUAAUCUUAAGAACAGAGAAGCAUCAUGUCUGUUUUGAAUUGAUGACCACUGGUGAUACAUGUGAUAUAGGAAAAAUGAACAAUAAGACAUCAUUUGGAACUUUUCUUUUUGUUACAAUAUUACAGAUCACAGAGAAGCAGUUGCAUGUACGCGAGUGAUGAAUGUCACCACUUAUGUGACAAACCCUUCAUCCACCUUUUUAAACUUAUAUAACACAAUGAAAUCAAUGUGUAGGGCAUAUUAUAAUGAUCAGUGUCAGGGUUUUUGUGGAUAAAACACGUUUCUUUCUUUUUGUUUGUAUAGGUGGUUGCAUGGAGUCACAAGUAUCCAAAUCCUUUAUCAAAGUAAAAGUAGCAACAAUACUAAAAUGUAAGACUACUCUGUCCUUCAUUCGCAUUCAUCCAUUAUCUACAUCCUCUAAUCGUUUUAAAACCAUGGAUACAAGAGUAAAAUGUAGUAAGUAGACCGGCCUUUCAGACUGUUAAAUGAUUGAUGAUUUGUAUGUUAUGUUUACAUUUACAGUAAACUAUUGUAAUAUUGAUUGUGUCCAGAUAACCAACCACUUUAUCAUAGAGUUGGACUUAUCUAGUUUUGAAUCUUUAUAUAAUAUACAUUUGGGCUGUCAGAUGAAUGUAUGAGAAUAAACAAAUUCAUUUUAACUCCAAAA